UGAGUCCGAGCCUGAAUGUGCGGCGCCGUGCCGAGCUGUUCCACUUAUCAUUCAUCUCGGGGUUGUGAAACUUUUGAGGAAGUCUUUUUUUUUUUUUUGCGAUGUUCCUCCAAGAUAUUUUGCAUGCAAGUUAUGCAUCUAGAUUUUUUUUUCAGGCUCGUAUAAUAAUACGUAUUUCAUUAUAUGGUGGCAUUUCAGUCUUAGUGCUAUGCCAUGACUGAGUAAAAGUAAAUAAAAUGAACCCCGUUUUGGUGCAAUAAAAUUACCAAGAAAAGAAAUAAGAAUUUGAAAAGUAUUGCGUGCAAAUGUAUUUACCACCUUUGCUAUGACGAAACUAAAUUUGUUGACGCAAAUGGUCUUCAGAAGAUACAAAAUUAGUUAAAGUUAAAGUCUCCGUCAAAUCUUCGUCAACAGUAGUAACAGUAGCAGAAAACAAAAUGGCAUGUGGGAUACUGGUUUCCCCCACCUGUGUGUGUCAGAAUGUCCUGACAGAAAGAACGAAAAACAAUGGAGAGCAUAAAGGGAAAUGUCCAUUAAAGAUGAGCUUUCUUCCAGCACACAGGCUGUUUGAGGACCGUAACCAAAGUUAAAAUGCAUUUUAGACGUCGCAUCAUUUUCAGUGUUCUUGUUCCUUAAUAGUAACUUUAGAAUAAACCUGUGAAACCACUGUCUAAAUUAAAUUGAAAAAAAGACACGCGCACACAGACACAGACACACACGCAAAGGUUACACAAACUAUAGAAUUAAGUAACCACGGGUUCCUUGUCUGUGUAUGUGCCAACAUGGUUACCAACAUGCAAUGUUUGAAUAAACAACCUAAUACAUCAGUAGGGCGCCCUGCUGCACAGUUAAUAUUCAAAGCCGCGCCUAUUAAUUAAUCCGCAUAUUAAUUCGAACAAUCGUAUCAUUGUGGAGAGACGAGUUGAUUUAGUCUCAAAGGAAGACCGAGUCAUUCUUUCAGUGAAAUGAAUUCUGCAUUCAGCCGUAAUGCUCUGUGAGGAUGUUGGAUGUUGAGAGUCAUUUUGUUCAUUGGAACCGGUAAUAGAAGCUCCACCCUCGUAUAAUCUCUGCGCCACAUGGGCCAGCGGAUCCUCACAAGGCCAUAAUCAAAUUCAUUACGUCAUCUUUAUGAAUAACGAGGUUUGGUGGGACGCUACCAAAGGGAGUAUUCUUUAGAAGAAUAUUUGUGGACGAAAUAACGACGUAUACGGUAAUCUGUCUAAUGCAGGGGGAGGCACUCAGCCGUUUUACCAAUGGCUCUGGAGAUUAGUGUGCUUUCUGUGAACGUUGAAGUGCAUUCUCUUUGACCUCUUCCCCAUUGCCAGUUGCGCGGCCUGUUAUUAACAUUAGCUUGGUCGAUGUAUUUCCCGCGGGGAGAAUCCACUACGCGCCGCCCCACUCUGCCUCUGAUUGCCUCCUCCGCAGGAUUUGUCGGGUUUAUUGCUGAUGAUUAGGAUUGUUGGAAGGUUGCCCGUGUUAAUAACUUCUACCCACAUGUGAAUGGGCUCAUAAAGAAGGAAGCCGUCGUCGUCGUGCUGUCCGAAAAUUGCAAUGUCCUGAUGGUGGGAGGAAAAUGUUUUUUAAAAUUACAGAUCUGUUGGAGAUUUGAAUUUCCAUAAUUAAACGUAAUGUAAAAAGCAAAAUGAUUAAGAGGGACAAAUAAAAAAGCGACUUUACGUCAUUCAUGCCUUUUCUUUAGUUUAACAGGCCAAAAUCACCCUUAUUUUGUGUGGCAUACUGAAAGAAUAGACACAAAAUGCAAUAAAUGAAUGGCUGCAAUAACAAUUAAAGUGCAAUAAACGCAGCACACGGCUGUUGAGUGCUGAACCAAUGUGGCAGAUGUGGCAGUAUUUGGGACAUUUACAGCUUUUGCAUCCUCAGACUGGAAGUGAUAAUGCAUGCCAAUCAAGCUAAUGAAUGCAACUGAAACAGAGUCAUUGUCAGUUCAUGCUUCAACUGAGAAACAAAGUCCUGAGUCAUCACUUUCUUUAUGAAAAAAGGUCAGACCGUAUUAGACUGAGUAUAUUUACUGGCAGACAUUAUUUUUUUUAUUUGCUCCCCUAAGCAACUGAAGACCAUCUAAUGGAUUGUCUGCUCAGUGAUACCUGCUGCCAACCUCUUUUCAUUCUCUGACGGAAUAUUACAUUACGUUUUUUAUAAGUCAACGAACAUUUGGAUCAAAUUCCUUCGUGCGGUUUAAUCUGCAGUGUCAAAGCUAUAAAAAGUUUGGAGAGGAAAAUGUGCAUCAUUGAAAUGAAACGCCGUCGCUGUGGCUCUGAAACAUGUAUUAAAGAAGCGCCACUUGAAUGUGGUGAAAUAUCAUCAUAACAAAAGCACUAAAGGUCUUUGCUGCUACAUUAAUCGAAUAGAAGGCUGUUUACUACGCAUAUUGUUUUCUACCAACCCUAACAAACCUGGUGUAGUUGUUUUGUAGAAUUUUCUGUUUUAUUCACGUCAACCAUGUAUUUCCAAUUCUUUAAAUGAAUGCAUCCCUUGUGAUAAGGAGGAGCAGGACAUUUUUGUAUAAAUUGAACUAAUGCACAUGUACAGAUGAUGUAAUAUCCGCUCUUUGUCUCAAGAACUUGCAAGAAUAAAAUGAAGAAGUAAUAAGAUGACAUCUUCUCUAGUGCAUAUCAAUAUUUUAUUUAUUCAUUAUGCAUUAUCAACACCGGAAUCAAAAUACAUUUUGACAUUUAUUGUGUAGAGCCCACAGCUGCUCUCAGAAACCACACACGCGCACACACUCGUACAACAAAAUUUGCUGCUGCAGGAUGCUGCAGGCAGUAAAGCUCCGCCCCUCAGUUUUAUGGACCGUUUUGUACAGAUUAGUAAAAGAGAGAGAGAGAAACCGGGGGAGAGGUGAUGCACUGGAAUCCAGUUUCGCGCAAAGCUUGAACAACAUGCUAAGGAUUAAUUGUCCAACAUCCCGUCAGGAACACAAGGGACCCGCAUUGUGUGAAUGGGACAAACAGGAAAAAGUCCUUUCAGCUCUAAAACACUCAUAAUGGAUGAUGUUUUUGCUGAAACAACACCCAAAGUGGAGGCAAGAAGGUUCAACCACCAAUUUUGAUUCUUUUUUUUUUUUGCAACCGGAGCAAAGGUAAGCCGUGAAUCGUGGAGAUGUCUUCCUCUCCUGGUAUCAAGCCCCGGGAACAUGUGGACGUGAUGUACAUCUCCAUAGAGACAGCGAUUGCCCUGGUCUCCGUAGUGGGCAAUGUGCUGGUGGUGCUGGCGGUGUGCGUGAACCGAGCUCUCCGCAACACCACCUUCUGCUUCAUCGUGUCUCUGGCCGUGGCUGAUAUCGCCGUGGGGGUUUUGGUCAUCCCUCUGGCCAUCAUCCUCAGUCUUGGAUUUAAAACUCAGUUCUACACCUGCCUCUUCCUGUCGUGCCUGCUGCUGAUCAUCACGCAGAGCUCCAUCCUCUCCUUGCUGGCCAUCGCCAUCGACCGAUACCUUCGUGUCAAGAUUCCCACCAGGUACAGCACCAUAGUGACCCAGAGGAGGGCGUGUGUGGCCGUUUGUCUGUGUUGGAUCCUCUCCUUCCUCACCGGACUGGUUCCGAUGAUGGGAUGGAACAGGCGCCACGCGGGAGGAAACCUCAGCAGCUCCGGCGACAUCGUCUGCGAAUUCACCGCGGUCAUGAGGAUGGACUACAUGGUGUACUUCAACUUCUUCGGCUGGGUGGUGGUGCCGCUGUCCGUCAUGAUCGCCCUGUACGCCGAGAUCUUCCGGGUGAUCCGGCGGCAGCUUAAUCGGCGCGCUGAGGCCACGUGCGACGGAGAGAGGUACUACCGGAAGGAGCUGAAGCUGGCCAAGUCUCUGGCGUUGGUGGUGUUUCUCUUUGCCGUGUGCUGGCUGCCAAUACACAUCAUGAACUGCAUUGACUUCUUCUGCCCGCAGUGGUCCGUGCCCAAGUUCACCUUGUACGCCGGCAUCUUCAUGUCCCACGUGAACUCGGCCCUCAACCCGAUGGUUUAUGCCUUCAGGAUAAAGCAGUUCCGUGUCACGCUGAUCAAGAUCAGCCAGCGCUGUGGGAUACGUAAGCCCAAGGAGGCCACCUUGUGUCCCGCCGGCACGCGGGCCCAGACAGAGAAAGGGGACGUGGACCCGUAAGGCCGAAGCAUCACAUGGUGCACUCAUGACACUCGUGGGAUUAAGGGAUAUUUUGCAUUGUCAACACAUUCAUGAACACAAAAGCAAAGCGCUUGAUUGAGUCACGGGACAAAUUCCUUUUCUGAUCUGUUCCUAAUUUAAAGUCACACGCCUGCAAUUGAAAAAUAAUAUAAUUUGAAGUAUUUGUUUUCACAAAGGCUUUCAUCAAUUGAUUCAUGUUGAAUUAAAAUAAAUAUGCCGACGUAAUAAGUGAUGCAACAAAUGUUUUAUGUUCAAAGACAUUGUUGGGAAAUACAGCAGAAUAAACCUCUUCAGUGAAAAUGCUAAUAUUCUAUGCGUCACUACGGCCAAUAAACUGAUGGCUCGGCUAAAAGAGAGAUUUCACUUUGCACAAAAACUUUCAUCGGACGUUUGAGUGGUUAAGUGAACAGUCAGUGGAAAUGAAUUGUGCAGGAUCAAUAGAGAGGUUUGGAUACUUCACGUUUCACAGAAAGACAUUCAAUAAACAGAGAAGUGGAAGCGCCCUGCCUAGAUUGCAAAGUAAUCAUUAAGUCACUAAAACUAAUGGAAUUGAACUGCAGUUACAUUAAAAGCAGUCCGGAAAUCCGAGGAUGCCAGCAUCGCUUCGUCAACGCUGACAUUCAGCUGGUUUCCGGCAUAUUUCAAUAGCUGUGGCAGACAUUUGAGUAAAAUGUCAUUGAGCUUUAUGCUGAGGGGAUUUAUUCGGACUCUAAAGCUUCUGCUGCCUCCUCGUCAGUUCUGCUGUGUCAUCAUUUUCCCUUCUGCCUGGUUUCCGUCCGUGUAACACUACCACCACCUACAGAUCUUAAAUAAAUCUCAAUCUCAAUCUGGUUUGGAACUCGCAUGUGUAACUUGCAUGUGUAGAUGUUCUUUUUCGUCAUCUGAUAUGUGGGUUUGUUGUGGUCAUGGCAGAGAUGCUUAUGCUGCGGCCGCCUGAGACGCUCACACGUGAAACUUGCCGGCGUCAUAUCAAGACGUAUGUUACCAUCUGUCGCCUUCAUCCUUGAUGAGGGAUUUCAAAGUGCUGAGUGCGGUCUAAUCCUCAGCCUUGGUCUUAGCAAGGGAGGUGCUGCAUAACCGUCCAGCCUCCAGCGCCUUCGUAUCACACCCUCCAGUGGCUUGUGGCCUGAAGGGACGUAGUCAUGGUGUAGCUGUGCAGACACAGAAAACCAAAGUGUCUAAAUCUUGUGUGAGCAACUCAUCUCUUUUCUAAACUAAUCUUUUGUGAGACAAUUAAGGGACAUUUGCAGCAGAGAACCACUGUCAAAUGGCUGAAAGCGACGCAGCGGAUGGAGUCUCAGACCUGGAGGCUCCGGAGGACGAGCUGGAUGGCGAUCACACGGCCCUGUUACACUUUGGUAAAUACUAUGAAGCACAGCGUGCGCUACCUUGGGAGCAGUGGACCUUCAGAGAAAAGGCAAACUUUUGUGCGGACCGCAUCUUCCUCUGGUUCUUGGUCAUUUUUGUCAUCAUCCUAUUGGGAGAGUUUGUCUAUAAGAUGUGGUACGUGACGAACGUGAACAAGAUUGCAGAGUUUGUUUCAGACUCGGUGGUCUUUCUGGUCGAACAGCUCUUCGCUCAGGAGAAACAGGAGGAAUUAUUGGACCUGUAGGACGUGAAAGGAGGGUGAACACUUCACGGCGUAAUCAUUUGUUUGUGUUUUCUACAUUGUGGUAUUACAAAUGCCCAGUAAAGAAUCAGAGCUCCAUCUUAACUUGAGAUACACAUAAUGUAUUGGGGAUCAUCUCUAAACUAUGUUUUGAUGGUGAAUUAUUGAAAAUAAAAAAUGCAAUCAACUGAA